AUGUCAUGGGGCCACGUAUCUAGCAGAGAUCUUCUGACCUGGGAAACAACGCCCACCCAGCCUCAACUAAGACCAGACCAAGAGUAUGACCAAGAUGGGGUCUUUACAGGUUGUUUUGCUCCUGUGAGAGACGCGAAUAAUAAGCAGCUAACGGUUUUCUACUCCUCUGUGUGCAAUUUGCCUUUCCACUGGAGCACGCAGCCGUAUCCACGAAAUGCAGCAGGUUUGGCCUUAGCCACGUCGGAUGAUGGUGGCUUAACAUGGGCAAAGUCUCCCAAGAAUCCAAUUUUAGAAGGGGAGCCUCCGGGUGUCAAUGUGACAGGCUUCCGGGACCCGUAUGUUGCAGAAUGGCCGGCCUUGGACCACCUUCGUGGGAAGAGCGGAAACUCGCUUUAUGGUCUCAUCUCUGGUGGCAUGCAGGGUUCGGGACCGACCACAUUCUUGUACGAGAUCCAGUCAGAAGCCUUAGGGGAAUGGAGAUACCUUGAUGCUUUGGUCGAUCUACCUAUAAGGUUUCAGCCCUCGGAGAAGUGGAGUGGUAAUUUUGGGAUCAAUUGGGAAUGCACCAAUUUCAUGACACUCGAAUCGAACUCGAUAUCCCAUAAUUUCCUCAUCAUUGGCGCAGAAGGGGACAUUGAGCGUAAUCACAUUAAGGACUAUAUUCUUCCACCCCUUCUCCCUCCUAGGACAGUGAGACAGCAGGUCUGGAUGUCCGGUGACAUAAUAAAGAAAGGAGACAGCAUCAAGUUUCAGUACAGAUUCGGUGGUAUCCUUGACCAUGGGAGUUACUAUGCCGGAAACUCCUUCGUCGAUCCUCCGUCUGGUAGGCGGAUACUGCAUGGUUGGAUUCCCGAGGAGGAUUGCACGGACGAACACGCUCGCAAAAAAGGAUGGAGCGGUUCUCUAUCUAUUCCACGUGAAGUGUUUCUUCUCUCGAUUUCCAACGUCAUCAGAGCACUGAACAGCCAGUUAUCUGAGAUUGACUGCGUGGAACAACAGAGAGAACUUGAUGGGUCCAUAACAUUGCACACGUUGGGGGUCCGGCCCGUCUUGGAAGUGAGCCGUCUCCGCCAUGGCUGUCUCUAUUCCCACAAGAUAGAUCGGGUUUUCCUUCCACGACCGAUACCGAUGCAGCAGCAACAUUUUAUUUUCACUUCGUCCCCAACGUGGGAGCUUGAAGCCACAAUAUCGAUCAGCGCAAGCUGCGAAACAGUUGGCUUCCACCUGCGUCAUAACCACAACUUCUCCAUUCACACCACUGUCGCCUUCUCUCCUGUCACAGAAACAAUCACCGUAGAUCGCAGCGCCUCGACACCAUACGCAGACAUCAACAAAUGCCCGGAGCAGGGUCCCUUCACCCUCUUCACAACCCGAGAGUCGCUCACUGGCGAGGAGAAGCAAGAGAAAUUUCGACUCCGUAUCAUCUCGGAUGGAGACAUCCUCGAAGUUUAUGCCAAUGAUCGCUUUGCGCUAGGAACAAUGGUGUACUCGUGCGAUUAUGAGAGCAAUAAUGGCGUUACUGCAUUCGCGACUGGGGAUGAAAACUGUGCUUUAUUCGAGGAGGUCCGAAUUUGGGACGGAUUGCACGGUGUGCAAUUGUUGAGUUGCGGGCAGCUUAACAUUUAG